AUGUGGGGUGGUGGUUCUUAUAUGAUGGGAGAACUUGCAUCUGACAUGUGGAUUCAAGGACAUAUUCCUGGUGGAUUAAACAGUUAUUAUGGUGAAUAUCUUGAUAAUAGAUUUGGUGGAAAUCCAAAUCCAACAUAUGGUCAAAUGUAUGGAGGUUAUCCUGGAGUUGGAGGUUAUGGUGGUGGAUAUGGUUAUGGAUAUGGAGGAUGGUAUUAG